AUGUGGAUAAACAAAAUUGGCAAUAAGAGUGCUUCCUUCAUAAACCACAAGCAUUUCCACCCAGGUAACAUAAAAAAUCUCGAAAGAGUAUGGCUAGCUGAAGAAAAGGAAAGAAAGCGAAAAGAAGAAGAAGAAAAAUAUCUGAAGAAAAAGGAAGAACAAUACAAGUUGUACGUUUUAAAACAGCAGCUUAAGAAGAAUGAGCAGGAAGAAGGAUGUAAUAAUGACCCACAUAAUUAUCUGUACAAUAUUAACAGAGAAGGUAAAAGAGGAAGCUCAAAAAGAAAGGCCAACGGAGUCAGUGUUCAUCCCGGGUUAAAUGUCCAAAAUGGUAAUGAUGAAAAGGAGACAACCUGUAACAAAUUACUUGUCAAAUCAAAAUAUAGUGAAGAUGUUUUUGUAAAAAAUCACAAAGCUGUUUAUGGCUCCUAUUACGAUACAGAGAAAAAAAAGUGGGGCUAUAGGUGCUGCAAAACUAUCGACAAGAAUGCAGCGUGCACGAAGCAUGUACCUGAUGAUGCUACACCAAAUGAUGCAUGUGGUAGGGCCGUUAGAAAGGACCUAAACAAGGCCAAAAAUAAGAAGAAAAAUAAAAACAAGAAAAAGAACAACCGCGUUGAUAACAGCAUAACGGCAGUUUUGAACAAAUUUUUGUGA